CCGAAUACUCGAUGUAAAUUAUCGCCUGCUCUCUGGGAUGUGCCCAUCGUGCCCAACUAAUCGCUAGGAAAGGGGACAUUUCUGCACGCAAGACAUGAUGCCACCUUAUUGCGCACUACUACGUACAUAGGUAGAUACAUACAUACAUACAUGCAGGUAUGUCUAUACGUUCUACUAUUGGGUUUCCUCUAUCCACGCGGAAGAGGCCAGUGAGUCCUCAGUUCUUCUUCACCAAGUUCAGCAUCCGUACCCCAACCCCAGUAUCGCGAAGUAACGCCAACAACUAACCCAUCAUGCCACGCUCUGCUUCAUUGCAACUAGGCUGCCUGAGCCUGACUGUUAAGCCUUGGUUUGUGAGAGGGUGUGCAUUGUUCACACAAACCACAUUACCAGAUUCUUUCAUCGUGCUAGCAUCGGAGUCCAGGGUACCUGACAAGACACCAAGACGACCAAAGCACGGAGAGGCUAUCGCAUUACGAUGGAGGCUUCUGUCCGCCAUACCCGCUCGCCCGACCUUCCUGCUGGAAGUUUUCCUCCGCGAGCCCCUCUCUCAAAGUUUUGUAAGCAGCAUUUCGCUACAGCACCGCUGCACCGGGCAUAAUGCGGGUUAUGAAACCCUGGCCGAUGACCCUCACUUUGCAGGGAGUUCCUUGCUCAUCAACCCACUAAGGCAGAGGUACCUGAGGAGUCACUGAUACGAUGAGCCGUUCUGGGAUGUCAUUGCGAUUUUCCCGAGGGUGCGACGAGAGAG